AUGACAGACAUAAAUACGAAUUUAAUUGUUUAUUCAGAUUUAAUAAAUGUGUGUACUGAUGUUUGUUGUUUAGAUGAAACAAAAAUGUUAUUUUAUCACAUUCCAUAUAUAACCGACUUCGACAAUGUAAAUUUAUAUGAGGAUAAAAGAUUUAUACAAACAAGAGUUGUCGAAUUUCAACCAUCAAUUACCGGUCAAUUUACUAAUGCUUUUAAACUUUUUAAUCAUAAACAAAAACCACGAUUUGUUUAUAUUACUGAUUGUGAUCAAAUGUACAUUAUUCAUAGUUGUGAUUGUGAAAAUAUAGAUUAUGAAAUACAUAAAAAUUAUAUUCCAUCGACAUAUGCUUACGUUAAAAUACCGAUGGCAAGUGGAUUGAAUUAUAAAGAUGUGAAACCAUUUGAUCGACGAUGGCUGACGGAUAAUAAGGUUAUUUUAUGUACAGCAGAUCAUACAGUCGACAUUUAUCGUUAG